AUGUCAAGUUUAGUUGAGAAUGAUAUUAAUUCUGCUGUUUAUCGUUCAACAGAUCCGAUAAAUAAUUUUAAAAUUCGAGUUAAAUUAGAACGUUUAACAUCAAGUGCAUUAUUACCUAGUUUACAACGAAUAAAAAUUGAAGAAGAUUUAUCCCGUUUACUUAAUAUAGAUGAUAAACAACCGGAAAAAGCUAAAGCUUCAAAAACAGAUGUAGCUCAAGCAUUAGAAGAAUCAAAACGAUCUGACUAUGAAGAAGUUGUUAUUGGUUGGCAACAGAAACUAUUUAGUCGUCUUGAAUUUGAGCAAUAUGGAAAAGUUACUGGGCCUGACAGUUCAGCACUUGAAAGAAAAUAUUUUGAUGAUAUACAAAAAAUGAAAGCAAAUCGAAAACAACCUGGACGUAUAUUUACUUAUAUUGAGAAUGAUCCAUAUUGUAUUGCAAAAGAUCUUGACUAUUUUGUGACGGAUUCACCAAAUGAAGAACCAAGUCAAUUAUCACUAGGAGUUAAUAAUAUUCGAAAACGUCGUGCUGUUCAACCACGUUUUAAAAUAAGUGACGAAGAAUACUUACCAAAAACAAAUCUUAUUAAUCGAAAACCAACACCUGAUGAUCUUCGUACAAAUCAUUUAGCUUCGUUACCACAUCAAACAAUGUAUAUAAUGGCUGACUUAAGUGAUAUUAUUAAUACUGCUACAGCACAAGUUCUUGUUUUACCUCAACCGAUAAAUGAACGUGUUUUAUGUACAAUACAGGUUUAUUCAAAUGGUACAAUUGUAUUAGAACCUGAUUUUAAUAAUGGUAAAACGGCAUAUAUUGUUGAAACAGGAAAUAUAAAUAAUGAAGUAUAUCAUUAUUAUUUGGAACAUGCUUCAGUAUUAAUAAAUAAGGAUGAUUUUACAAAAGAACGAAAAUUAUUAAAUGAAGUUCGUUUAAGAAAACAAACACAUUUGGCACAAUUAGUUGGAAAUGAUUUUGAAAUGCCAUUACCUGCUGUUCUAAGAUUAAAUGUAUUUGGUGAAAUUGUUAGUGGAAAAAAUUUUGAAUAUGAUGAUCUUUAUGUUUAUUAUUGUUUAGAUUUACCAGAAAAUUGGCGUGCUGAAGCUUCAAUGAUUUUUUCAGGUUAUACUCCUACAGCAAGUGCAACAGAGUCAAGUAAAAAUGAUGAUAUCGUUUAUUAUUCGCAUCCAUUCGAAUUUGAACUUUGGUAUAUGCCAUCGAUUGAUUCAGCUGAUCAUGAACUUCCUCAAAUGCCAAAAAUCUAUUUUCAAGUUGCCUCACAAGAUGGAUGGGGUCGUCAUCGAACAGAAGGAUAUACAUAUAUUGAUAUUCCAAGUUUUCCUGGAUUUUAUGAUGAAGAAUUAUCAUGUUGGCGACCACGUGGUGCUUCAAUAUUUAAUGAACUUCGACGAUUUUUUAUUGGUGGUUCAAAUGAACUUGAAGAUAUUAGUUAUGUUGCUAUUCCGAAACAAUUUCAAAGUGAAAAAAAUAAAAAUCCAUUCAGUCGUUUUGGUUUUCGUACUGUAACAACAGGAACAUUAAACGUUCGACUUAAUGUUAUUUUUCAAUCACAAGAAAUUGCUCUGGAAUAUGGUAAAAAACGUGGUGCUCAUGAAAGACGUCAUUAUGGAUUUAAUGCAUUCAUGUCAAAUAUUAAUACAACUCUUGAUGCAUACGAAAAUGCAAAACGACGUGCAUUGGAAGUACGAGAAUCAACAUUAAAAUUACUUACACCAAAAGUACCUGCAUAUGAAUGA